AUGGACCCGGAGGAGGCAGCCAAACAAAAGUUGAUGGGAGCGAUCGACCAGGCGCGGGCACUGAACUUCCGGUAUCUCUGGGUGGACAACUGCUGCAUCGACAAGUCCCACAAAACCGAGCUGAACGAGUCACUCUCGAGUAUGGGAGAUUGGUACCAGAAUUCGCAGGUCUGUCUGGUAUACCUUGAUGACUUUGAAGGAACAACUGUUCCUCCGAGCCCUUACCCCUCACAAAGGCCCAGAUGGUCAACCCGUGGUUGGACGCUGCAGGAAAUCGUGAUGAGCCCCCGCGCGGUCUUCUAUAAUAAGCAUUGGAAAUAUAUCAUUCUGCGUCUCCAAAUUCUCGAGGAUUUAGCAUAUCUAUGUAAUGUCAGGUCCAGUAGCCUGAUCUGCUGCGGGAAAAGACCCGAAGUCGCAGCAUCGUUUUUGUUACAAAUUGCAUCCGACCGAGAGACCAGCCGGACCGAGGAUCGGGCGUACUCCUUGAUGGGAUUGCUUGGAGUGCGGAUGACGACCAACUACGGAGAAGGUCGCAAAAUGGCCAUAUCCAGGCUGUUGGAAAGCAUCAUCCGGACCACGGGGGACGUUUCGAUCUUCAAUUGGAACGGGAUACAGAACGGUGCCAUCGGCCCAGGCUCUUCGAUGUUU